CUCAAACGACCCAUUUCCUUGAAGAAGCAUAACGGACGCAGCGGCAGUAAACAACCAAUCUCCACUCAACCACAUAUACAAAACCUACGACAGAGCAGCAAUGGGCAGAGUAACCGCCACCAAACCCGCCAAAAAGGCGCCAAAAACAAGUGCCCCCGAAGACGCAAUGGACACCUCCGACGACCUUAUCACCAUACCCGGCUCCACAACCACAACAACAACAGCAGCAGCAGCAGCGGCGGCCCCAUCACCACAUACAACCGACGCCAUGGACACAGAUACACCCACGCCCCAGACGGAUAAGCCAAAGUUUAAGAAAGUGAAGCCGUCGGAGCUUUUGUCAGGAAAACAAGAAUCUCGCAAAGUACCCGUGCCCCCACACCGCAUCACCCCGAUCCAGAAGGACUGGAUCAAGAUCUACUCCCCGCUCGUGGAGCACAUGAAGCUGCAGGUGCGGAUGAACCUGAAAGCCAAAGCCGUCGAGAUGCGGACGUGCAAGCAGACCGAGGACGCUGGGGCGUUGCAGAAGAGUGCGGAUUUUGUGAAGGCCUAUUGUUUGGGGUUUGAGAUUGAUGACGCCAUCGCCCUCCUCCGUCUCGACGACCUCUACCUCGACACCUUCGAAAUCAAGGACGUUAAAACCCUCACCGGCGACAACCUCUCCCGCGCCAUCGGCCGCAUCGUCGGCAAAGACGGCAAAACCAAAUUCGCUAUUGAAAACACAUCCCGCACCCGUGUCGUCAUCGCUGACACCAAGAUACAUAUCCUUGGGUCGUUUGCGAAUAUCAGAGUGGCGAGAGAUGCGAUUGUGAGUUUGAUUUUGGGAAGCACGCCGGGGAAGGUGUAUUCUCAGUUGAGGACUGUUAGUUCGAGGAUGAAGGAGAGGUUUUGAGACAUCUCGCUUUUCUCGCUCUGUCUAUGCGUGCGAAUACAAGGGGGUUGCUUGCGAGACGAGCCACUCCCCCCCUGUUUUUGCUUCUUGUCGUAGCGGAAUCACAUUUUGGCAACCCACCCACCCGCAACCAUCUUUUGUAUCUAGUUUACUUAUACCUCAUCCUCACACGGCGGGUGCAACACAACUCUCCCCUCCCCCCAACCUGUGUAAUUUAUAGCUAUUCACAUUAUCAUUAUGCAUAUAUGUACGUCCGAAGCUAUAGAGUACCACAGAGGACCGUUUAUUCUAUU